CGAGUAUUCGAUUCUCUUUUUCCUCUCUGCUCCUGCACGCCCGCGGCCAUGGCGAAUCCGGAGGCAAGCAAACCGCCGGCGCCGGGGCCUGACGAGGCGGCGACGGAGCGGCGAGCCGACGAGACGGCGCGCAAGGACGGCGCCGGCGACCCUCCUCCCCCGCCGUUCCUGGAGGUGACCUGCAGGAGCUCCGGCGAGGUGCGGCGGUUCGCGGCGGGGACGACGGCCCGGUACGCGCUGCACGCGGUGAACCGCAAGCUCGCCCCGGGCUCCCCGGCGGCGCUGCACGUGGAGGCGGCCAAGGAGGGCGAGGAGCCCGUGUGCUUCGGCCCCACCGCGCCCCUCGCCGACUACGGCCGCGGCUGGCGGCUCCAGACCGUCACCGAGCAGGACGCCCACCACCACGUGCCACCGCCGCCGCCGCCCGGAGGCGAGGGGAAGGGGGCUCGCGAGAGGGAACUGCUGAGGAAGAAGGGCGCCUCCGUGUACCUCGCCAAGAUCGGGCUCGCCUUCGUCUUCCUCUUCCUGCUCGGCGGGCUCUUCACCUACCUGCUCGAGACCAUCCCCGACAUGAUCCUCGCCUCCACUCCUCCUCAGUCCAUGUAGCAGGAUCCUCGAUGCAUUUUUGUCCUGCGUUCUUGUGAACAUUGUACCAAAUAUCGCCAGCUGAUCGAAGAAUUCUCGUUGCACGUACGCAACAGCAACGCCAUGACGACGGAAUUCGUCUCCCCUGUACAAUUUUCUUGUGUGAUUCUUAAUCCGCAUCGCCAAGUCCAA